GCAAAGCCGUAAUCGAGCAUCAGAGCAUCGACAUUUUUUCCUGAUGGAUUAUUUCUGUUAUUUUCACUAUUUCACGUUUGUUUUUUGUGACAUGUGACGUUGAAUGUCGUUGUGUUUUCUGUGCAGUUAAUGUGAAUUCUGUAUUGGCGUCGCGCUCGCUUCGUUUCAUCCGGACGGACGCGUUUUCUCUUCCUUUCUGCCGGAUUUAAUGUCUUAUUUCCUCCUCACACAUCAUUUCUUGGGGGGUUUUCUGUCGUCAGAUGAAGCGGGAGGACACUGAACAUCAUCCGUUAACAUGAGCGAUAACACCUUAACAUGAGGAGUGAUGGAAAGAUCUGGCCCCAGUCCUGUGCCCCUCGUGAAGCCGUUUCUGUGAGAAGUUUGCUUUUUCUUCGGAUGCUCAGAUCUGCCGUGGCACAGUUGAGAGGGUUACGUCAGGUCUAAAGGAGGCGUACCUGAACCUUUAUGAUGUUUGGUGUAAGCGUCAGUCUCAGAAUGAUCCUUCAGAUUCUUGCCGUGAUUUUGGAUGCUACACUUGUCAGUUGUCAACAAGCACAAUACACCACCGUCACCACAAACUACGGUAAACUGCGUGGAUUAAGAGUGGCAUUGCCCAGUGAGAUCUUGGGCCCGGUGGAGCAGUAUCUUGGCGUACCGUACGCCAUGCCCCCCACUGGAGAACGGAGAUUUCAGGCCCCUGAGCCGCCCUCGUCCUGGCCGGGCAUCAGGAACGCCACACAGUUCGCUCCGGUGUGCCCGCAGUACCUGGAGGACAAACUCCUGCUGACCGACAUGCUGCCCGUCUGGUUUACCGCCAACCUAGACACGGUCGCCAGUUACAUACAUGACCAGAGUGAAGACUGCCUGUACCUCAACAUAUAUGUGCCCACAGAGGAUGAUGCACAUGAUGAUACGGGUUUGAAGCCGGUCAUGGUCUACAUUCACGGUGGCUCAUACAUCGAGGGAACGGGCAACAUGAUUGACGGCAGUAUUCUGGCCAGCUACGGCAAUGUGAUCGUUGUGACGGUCAACUACAGGUUAGGAGUUUUAGGCUUUCUGAGCACCGGUGAUCAAGCUGCUAAAGGGAAUUAUGGUCUGUUGGAUCAGAUCCAGGCUCUGCGAUGGGUGAAGGAGAACAUUCAGUCUUUUAAUGGAGAUCCACAGAGAGUGACGAUAUUCGGUUCAGGAGCAGGAGCUUCAUGUGUCAGUUUACUGACCCUCUCACACUAUUCUGAAGAUCUGUUUCAGAAAGCCAUCAUUCAGAGCGGCACGGCUCUCUCCAGCUGGGCAGUCAAUUAUCAGCCGGCCAAGUACGCCCGCAUGUUGGCCGAGAAGGUUGGCUGCAAUGAAGACGACACGGUUGAGCUGGUUGAGUGCCUCCAAAACAAAAACUACAAAGAGCUCAUCGAGCAGAACAUCACGCCUGCCAAAUAUCACAUCGCCUUCGGACCCGUGAUUGAUGGAGACGUCAUUCCAGAUGACCCACAGAUCCUCAUGGAACAGGGAGAAUUCCUCAACUACGACAUCAUGCUGGGGGUGAAUCAGGGCGAAGGCUUCAAGUUUGUCGAAGGGAUCCUAGACAGCGAGGACAGAGUUUCUGCCAGUGACUUUGAGUUCGCCGUCUCUGAGUUUGUGGAUCAUCUGUACGGUUACCCAGAAGGGAAGGACACCCUGAGAGAAACCAUCAAGUUCAUGUACACAGACUGGGCGGACAGAGAAAAUCCUGAGAUGAGACGGAAAACGCUAGUGGCGCUUUUCACCGAUCACCAGUGGGUGGCGCCGGCCGUGGCUACAGCGGACCUGCACGCUCAGUACGGUUCACCGACAUACUUCUAUGCGUUCUACCAUCACUGUCAGAGCGAGAUGAAGCCUGCGUGGUCCGACUCGGCACAUGGAGAUGAACUUCCGUACGUGUUCGGCAUUCCCAUGAUCGGACCCACAGAUCUCUUCAAUUGUAACUUUUCAAAGAACGAUGUGAUGUUGAGUGCCGUGGUCAUGACCUACUGGACCAACUUUGCUAAAACUGGAGACCCCAAUCAACCGGUUCCCCAAGACACCAAAUUCAUCCACACCAAACCCAACCGUUUCGAGGAGGUGGCCUGGUCGAAAUACAACCCCAAAGAUCAGCUGUACCUGCACAUCGGCCUGAAACCGCGCGUCCGCGAUCACUACAGAGCCACCAAGAUCGCCUUCUGGUUGGAGCUGGUGCCACACCUCCACAACAUCAACGAACUCUUCCAGUACGUUUCAUCCACCACCAAAAUCCCUCCUCAGGACACCACACCCUUCUCCUACACCAAACGCCUAUCCAACAAACUCUGGCCUUCCACCACCCGCCAUCCCGCCGUCCCGCCCGCUAACACCAAGCAGAUGUCCGACCAGCAGAAGACGUCGGAGGGCGAGGAUGGGACGGUCACCAUCGAGGCCAGAGAUUACUCCACUGAGCUGAGCGUCACCAUCGCCGUGGGGGCGUCUUUGCUCUUCCUGAACAUCCUGGCGUUCGCUGCGCUGUACUACAAGAAAGACAAACACCGUCUGGAGUCCAGCCGCCGACUGAGUCCUCCGAGAAACCUGGCCAACGACAUUCCCCGCGUCCCCAGCGAAGAGCUGAUGUCGCUGCAGAAGCAGCUGGAUCACGAUCACGACUGUGAUUCACUGCAGGGCCACGACAUGAUCCGCCUCACCUGCCCUCCGGAUUACGCCCUGACGCUCCGCCGCUCGCCCGACGACUUCCCUCCCAACACCAUCACCAUGAUCCCCAGCUCUUACGCCAGCAUGCAGCCGUCGUAUCACAACCCAUUCAAUGCAUUUGGCAACAGCACGCCGAGCGGCGGCGCGGGUCUCCCUCACGGACACUCCACCACCAGAGUAUAACUCACGUCGCUGUUUAGACGACACGCACCCGGUGCUCCAACACAAAGACUAAGGGUGUUCUUUUGCUAUUUGACUCUUUUCUGAAUACACUACCGUUACUCUUAUUAACCAGUGUCAUGUGAUGGCUGAAUGUAAUCGCUGCUCAUCGAACACAGAAGAGAUCACGCUACAUGGUCACGAGGAUUGUUUGUGAGUUGAUUUCCUGAAUAACAUUACAGGGGCUGCGGGGGGUGUAUAUUAUCACAGAAGACGUCCGUCUUACUGUUAUCGUCAGAUGAAGCGGUGAUGAGAGUGUUGUGAGCGGCCGCUGUGUGUGGAGAUGAGAUGAAGCUCUUCAUGGGUCUGAACCCGCCGUCACAUAGUGUGUUUCAUGAACCAAGAAUAAGAACCGGUUGACGUGAUCCUCUCUUCAUGUCUGUUCCCUCUAGGGUUGGGAAUCGUACUUAUCGAUCCCAGUUUCCAUUCCACAGUUGAAGUAAAACAUUUAGAUAUCAACUUGUAUGGUCAUCUAGCCUGCUUAUUGAGUUGUUUGAAAAAAUCUAUAUUUAAGAGCACCGUUUUGUGUAUAUAUACACAUAGGACCAUGUUUUUCCCGAUUUUUUACAAUUUGUAUAAUCAUAGCUGAACUACAUCAUGGUUAAACUGUUGUAACUAUAAUGAGACUAUGGUUAAUUUGUGGUUCCUGUGCUUUACUGCAAAUACUAUAGUCAAACUAUGCUUACUAUAGUAAAAAUAUUGUUAAUUUUCAUAAGGGCUUUUAUUGAGAUAUCAGCAGAUCACACAGAUAUUUCAAAAUUUUAAUCUCAAGCAUCCGAUUCCUGCUCCUUUCGUUUCCGAUUCGAUUCCAAGCCCUUUCCAUUCCGAUUCCAAAUUGGAAUUGAUUUUCGAUUCCCAGCCCUAGUUCCCUCACGUGUAUAAGCAGCAAUAGAAGAAGUGUUGAUAUGAAGAGCUUGUCCUCCUAUAAAAACAACAAUUCAUUUCAUUGUUAUGUUGUAAAGUAAAGCUUUCAUCAAAAAUGACAGUGUUUUAAUCUCAUCGCCAAUUGAAAAUGUGGGUUAGUUUUCCAAAAACAAACUUUCAGAAGAUGUAUUUGUGACCCUGGACGACAAAACCAGUCUUAAAGGUGCAGUUUUAAAAAAAAUUUGGAGUAAAAUAUCCAAAAGCCACUAGGCUAGUGUUUUAUAUUUUGAACUACUAUCUCCAUUUUAAACAGUGACACGGGGCUGUGCAGUCGCCUGUCAAUGACAUCAUAUCUGUGUUCCCCUUUGUUACCGACUUAGAAACCGCAUGACAACAGUGUCGUGGACAAAUGCAGAAGUAGAGUCUAGAGUCUAGCAAGCCACUAGCUUGUUUCGAGCAGUCACUUAUUUAUGGACCACAAUUAUACGCAACAUUUAUAAACUUUACCUCAUCCACUAACAUGAUUUCUCUUUCCUGUCUGAUUGAUGGCCAUCAGCGGUGGAGUUAAAGACAACAGAUCCCAUCAUUCCACACUCCUUCAUAGGGUCAUCAAGCUAUGACAUUGUUGUUGUUUUAAUCAUGCGCCCUCUAUCGGCGGUUUUUACAAACUGCACCUUUAAGGGAAUAUUUUUUAAAAUUGAGAUUUUAGAUCAUCUGAAAGCUGAAGAAAUAAGCUUUCCAUUGAUAUAUGGUUUGUAAGGAUAGGACACUAUCUGGCGGAACAUCGACUGUUUACAAAGCUGGUAUCUGAGGGUGCAAAAAACACAAAAUAUUGAGAAAUUCGCCUUUGAAGUUGUUCAUCUGAUGCGCUGUAGCAGACCAUCCACUCACAAAAAGAAAGUUUUAUACUUAUGGAUUUUAUGAAAUAUCUUCAUGUAACAUGAUCUUUACUAAAUAUCCUAAUGAUUUUUUGUAAAAAGAAAAAUCUGUCGUUUUUAUCCCAGCAGUGUAUUUUUAGCGAUUACUAAAAACCAUUAAGACUGGUUUUGUUCUUAAGACUGAUAAGACUGAUAUUGUAAGUACUCCGGUCACAUUUAUCUAAAGAGACUUACAGCGGAUCUGAGCUCUAUUUUUGGUCAGUUUUGUUACUGUGAUGAUCUACACGCAGAGCUACAGGACUUUCUGAUGAUCAGAUUAAAUCCCACAAUGCAUUGCAACACAAAGGUUUUUGUGGCAUCUCGUGCUGACGGUGUAGAGGUGUUAAUGUAAUAAGCGCUCCCACGGGUCAUAUUUGAGAGAAGCGACAGAUGUCGGAGGAUAGUGUGGACCCGAAGGACUCCGUGCCAAAACUAAACGUUCAACAAAUGAAAAGCGUUUUGUUUUUCUAUUAAGUCUUAUAUUUUAAAGAAGAGGUCAGGUUGCGAUGACCUCGAGGAUGACCUUCUGUUCCACGUGUUUAAUUUGAUUCGCUCUCGAAAUAUCAUUUUGUCAUUAUUAACUCGUCCUCGUGUUGUGCCAAACCUGCUGCCUGAUGUCAUUUUAGUCAAACUUACAGGGAACAUGUCAGAAUAUUCCUCACGCAGCUGUUUUCAUAACCCUUACAGUGGUAAAAUCUACGGUCAAUACCAUCACGUGACAUCAUCGUUCAUCAUGAUCAGAAAUGUCAUGACGUUGACAGUACUUGCUGAGUCAUGAGCAGAUGAUGACGGAAUCGGGACUCUAUGAGCUCGUGUCAAUGAGAUGAAUGCCUUCAUGUGCCGAUACUCACGUUUGUAAGCCUGAUCAGUGUUAUUUUAGCGCAUAAUGUAUAUAGCAUAGAGAACAAUGUAAAAAGAACAACUAAAGCUUAUAGUAUUGCUUUGAAUUCAAUAGUAUUACAGUUCUGAAUGUACGUUCAGUCCUCCGUUUCUGCUCAUUUCAUUAUUUAUGUGACUGAAGAAGCUAUAGGAAUAGAUACUGUAGAUCCACAUGCUGUUUUUAUUCCUCUGUAAAGGUGUACAGGUGUGGCGUUUCAGCAGAAGUGGUGAAGCUCUCAUUCAAAUUCUUAUUUCAUCUCUUGGGAACCCAGUGUAUAUUUUGGGCUCCGUCUGGACAGCUUUAUGAUUAUAGAUAAUAAAUGCAGUUUUCUAAUCUUGCUUUGUCUUCGGGCUGAAAUGGAAACAGAUAUCAGGACAUCAGCAGACACAUGUCAGAGGUUUUGAUUCAGUGAAGUGUGUCACCAGCCAUUAAACACAGAUUGAGCUUGAUUCUUCCAACGCAAAGGUCAUGGGUUUCAUGAAUAAAGCGUCCGUCAAGUCAGUGUAAAUGUUCACAUACUGGCCGAAUCGUUGACAGACGUUGAGGAAUCGAAGAAUUGGUUUUAUAGCGACACACUUCACUUUUUGUCUGAGAUGCGUCUGGAACGGAUUGAAUAUGUUUUUUUUUUUCAAACGCUUUGCUUUGUUGUCAUUUCAGUGUCCGGAGAGAAAGAUUCCUGUUUCUUUAUAGUGUAAUACAAUGAUUCUAAAACUGUACCUCAGUUGUGUUUGCCUAAAGGUUUAUUAAGAAUAGGAUUUUUCAAAGGGAAUAAGACUUUUUUGUUAUAUGUUUCAUGUUAUAAUAGAUCGUUGAGAUCAUUUUAUAAAGUAUAUUACAGCGGUUAAAAUGAAUGCAUCAUCUUUUGUCUCAGUAAAGAUUUGAUUUUCAGUCUUAAAGUUUCUGCUGUCUGACCGACGGGGUCAUGAUAGAAAUAUAUAAAUGUUUCAGUCUCGCUCAGUCAUUCUUGCGUGUGUGACGUCACAGCUCCUGUGAGUGAGUUUGUUUUGCCUCCUUGAGAGACGCUGAUGGAUGUAAGAGACAUUUUGCUGCUUUUUCUAAAAAGAAAUAAACUUAGAUUUUACUCACUUGU